AUGCUAACUAUAAGUUUAAAUUUAUCUAAAAAGGUUGAAAAAGAAUUGGAAAAAGACCUCCGACAUUUAGAAGCAAUUACUAAAAAACCAAGAGAAUUCCAUAUCAAAAAGGCUUUAAUUCAGUAUUUAGAAGAAAUAGAAGAUAUUCAAGACGUUCAAGAACAUAUUAAAAAUCAAGGAAAAGCCAAAUAUUACACUUCUGAACAAUUAAAAAAAAACUUAAUUUGGAAUAAUGUUUAUCUCAAUAUUCCUUUCAAUGAACCAGAAUAUAAGAACUUGACUAACUUGCUUGAAUUUUCCCAAGUGGAGAAAGAGAAAAAGAAUUUAGCAGAAAUUAGCAAUAUAUUAUUCUCUGAUUUCUCCAACAAUUUUUAUGACUUAAAAAUUGAAAUAACUCGCUUAAAAAUUAGUGAACUGGUUAUUCAAAUUCCAACUAAAAAAACAGAGUUAGAGAAAAAAAUCACUAAUACUAAAAACAAACUCGGUAAAGCCGAAAAAUAUUUAUUUGAAAAACUACUUGCUGAAAAACCUAAUUCAGAAAAAUUAUCUGAACUAAAAGAAGUUUUAUCUGAAUACCAAUCUGAAAUAGAAAAUAUUUUAACUAAUCAGCAAGAAAUAAAUAAUUUAGAAAACCAUUUAGAAUAUUUACAAGAAUUACAAACUAACCAACUAGAAGCAAAAAUAGAAAUAAAUUACAAUUAA